UCCUUCAACCAAAUAUAUAUAUCAAAUCAAACUAAUAACCAGAUAUCAUGAAGACCUUGUUCAUCCUCGCUCUCCUCACCCUCGCGGGGACCAAUGCUGUUGUGCAGUUGGACACUACCUGUAACCAGGGUUCCGAGCAAUGUCAGCAGCAGCAACAACCAUGGCAACAAUGGCAGCAGCAGAUGGACCCAUGUGUGCAAUUCCUGCAGCACCAAUGCAGCACAGUGACACUGCCAUUUGUGCAGUCGCGUAUGUGGCAACUUAGCAGUUGCCAUAUAAUGCGACACCAGUGCUGCCAGCAGCUAGCGCAGAUCCCAGAGCAGUUCAGGUGCCAUGCUAUCCACAACGUGGCUCAAGCCAUCAUGCAGCCGCAGCCCCAACAGCAGUGGCAGGGCAUGUACCAGCCCCAGCAGCAAGCUCCGCUUGAGAUCAUGAUGAUGUCGCUUCAGAUCUUGCCGUCGAUGUGCAGCGUGUACGUCCCGGCAUACUGCCAGCAAAAUCAAAAACUUGCAAAAACAGGCUCCGAACAAUGUCAGCAGCAGAUGGACCCAUGUGUGCAAUUCCUGCGACACCAGUGCAGCACAGUGACGCGGCCAUUUGUGCAGUCGCGUAUGUGGCAACUUAGCAGCUGCCAUAUAAUGCGACACCAGUGUUGCCAGCAGCUAGCGCAGAUCCUGGAGCAGUUCAGAUGCCAGGCCAUCCACAGCAUGGCUCAAGCUAUCAUGCAGCCGCAGCCCCAGCAGCAAGCUCCAGUUGAGAUCAUGAGGAUGUCGCUUCAGACCUUGCCGUCGAUGUGCAACGUGUAUGUCCCGGCAUACUGCAACCGCCACGGCAUCCCCAUGGCCAGAUGUAGCGGUGGAUGGGUCUAUGAGUCAAUAAUGUAG